CCACUGGCAAGGCCCCGCUCCCAUCCCUAGCAGAGCCCGGCCAGCCCACCGGGGUGUAGGGCGGGGCGCUAAGGGGCGGGACUGUCGCUUAAAGGGCCACUGACCGCUGCCCUUAGGCCACUUCCUGGGGGUGGAGAGGACCUCAGUAGCUGCUGCGACAACCCAGGAAGGCGGUAACGCCCAAGUCCUGAGACUGUUUGUUUCCAACAGAGUCCUGGGACACUGUCAGCUCUGACUGCGAGAGCAUCGUCUCCCCUCAGCCAUACAGAACUGCUGGCCACCGGCUCCUACCAGUUGCGCCUCCAUCUUUUGGGACUCGCGCCCCUAACCCUGGCUGGGGCUCUGGACAGGUCCUCGGAACCCGGCGUGGACUCUACUACUAAAAAAAGCUCAGAAACUCAGGAGCUGAAGGCAGCGUCCGACCGGUGCUCGCCACCGUCACCUGCUGGUUGAAUUCCGGAAACCCACUGUCUGAAGUAUACAGGAGGGAAUCGCUGACCACGCACAAUCAGAAUCGUCUGGACCAAAAGCUCCCUGAUCCUGUGUGGCCACCUUCUGUUCUUUACAUCGGUCCUUUCAUUCUCUCGGGGAUUUCUGUGUCCUGAAGCUCCCAACCAGCACCAAAGUAGCUUGGAUGAGGUGUCCAUGAACCAAAUCACAGAGAAAACUCACCGAGUCCUGAGGGUCAUAGAGAUAAAAAGGUCCAUCUCCUUGCUUCCAUUAUAUUGGCAAUGGCUUCGGAAGAUCAAGAUCCCCCAGUACACCAGGGAAGCUCUCUGUGCUCCUGUAUGCCGGGGCAGCACCAUCCUGUACAACUGCUCCACCUGCGAGGGCAAGGAGGAGUCUUGUUGGCCCCGAAAGCGCUGCUUCCCAGGAAGUCACGAUCUGUGGGACGCUAGGAUUCUACUUCUAUGUAUCUUCGGAAUUGUCCUGCUUUUGGGUGCUCUGAGCCUCCAAGUGGAGUACCUGCAGCUGCAAGCAAAAGACUCGUGAAGAUGUAGGCAUCUUUCCCAGCCCCAGCUCUAAGAAAUUUGUGCCCAUAAUUUCCACAUCCCUUAGGCUGGGAACUAGCCAGCUUUUAGACCCAGCCCCAAAGCCUCAGUCUUCCAGACCCUAAACCUCAGACUUCUGCUAUCAAUAUCCGUGUCAGAUGGCCUCCAGGAACCCAAGCACCCACAGCUGGAAAGCUCCGCCCCUUCUGUGUUCCACCAAUCAGACAGAGCAGUGGAUGAUGCCAGGAAAUUAUCUACAGAAGGAAAGAAUCCCUUACCACCACCACUCCCACAUCCCCUCUGUCCAUUCCCGGAAAGCGGGGGACUGUUGGCCUGUAGAUGUUGCUCUAGGCCCUCCAAUGACUGAUCAGGAAUCCGGGAAUGAGGGUUCUGGAAAACUCUCUCCCUCUGGGGUGAGACCACAUCAGUCAACCCGCUGGCAUACAGUCUUUCCAUUGUACUAAUAUUGUGCAGCCUGUCCCCACCCCCACCCCACCCCCGCUGGGCCCAUGUAAAUUUGCUGUGUGAUGCCUUCCAUCCCUGCCUGGCUCUGUCUACAACUUGGGCAGCCAGAUGGGAUGGGGAUUCUUAAGAAUUCUAGCUAGGGGUGCUCCCCCUCAAUAGAUGUUUAGCAAUGUCUGGA